AUGGCGGACCACAAUCCACUGAGGAUUGACACCAGCAAUGAGCCUCCUGUGCCUCCAAUAGCCGCAGCGUUCUUGGUCAACUUCGACCAUCGCAAAGGAUACACGCUAGUAUGGCAUAGGUCGGUCGACGGAGCCCAGGUCGAGGGCGUCGUCGAAUUCAAAUCACUGCCCUCGGGCCUACACAACGUCGAAGAGGAUCUGGUAUACUUCAUUCACGACGACUACAGCGGUCUCAGCGCGUUCAUAAACAAACCUGAUGGAGAGUCCGAACGGGCCGCCCGCAUGCUGGCCGUUGGUGUCUUGGUUCCACUUGAACAGGGUCGGACUGGAAGGAGUUGGCGCCAUGCAGAGGCACUUCAGGCACUUGCCAGGGCUCAAAUCAAGGAUGUUACGAACAAUACUGCCCUAGAAGAAUAUUGGGAGAAAUACAAACUUUGUCCAGAAAAUCGGUCCGAGCAGCAGCAUGACGGGGCCGCCGACUACUUCCAUACUGACCCGUCGGCAAACGGGUAUAGGAAAUCCAGGGCAAUGAGCACAGCAACCGCAUAUCUACCAUCACAUCACACGCUGGCUCCUCACCAUCCUGCCUUGACGCUGUUGGAUUCCGCAGACCUUUUCGGACCGCUGCUAUUCCCUCUCUACCGGGCGGCUCUACUUCGCAAGCGUAUCUUGAUUGUUGCAGACACUCCGGUGCAAUCCAGUUGUAAUCUUGUAUAUAACAUGUCCAUCUUGUCAUCUGUAUCGCGGGCGCUAUUAUCAUACGUGCCUUCAAUCGAUACUCCGUGUCUUCGACUUCGGCCAUUAUUCACCGUGGGCGUAGGCGACAUCCCGCAACUUGAAGCGAGCAAGCCUUCUCCGGAUGCUGCAGCGUUCGCCAAUGAUAGUUGGAUCGCAUGUACUACGGACGAUGUAUUGAGCACAAAACCGCAUCUCUACGACGUGCUUGUUCUGAUGCCUCAAUCGGGGUCGGAAAAUGCUGCCAAAAAGGUCUUUCCUCGGAUGGUCAUGUCGACACCAGAAUUGACCAAAGCAUUCCCAAAAACGGGUGUCAAGUCAACACAGCGAGACUUUCACAGAUUUGUCCGUCUUCAAGAAGGCCUUCGCAAGUUCUUGCCAAGCAAGGUGGCACCCCACGGUGAUUCGAAUAAUGAUACGGAGGCCAGCUCAAUCAUGUCGUCAAGGAUGUCGACAUACUCUGUGAAUAAGGCCAUCGUCGAGCCUCCGUCAUGGUCCCGCGUUGCGUACAACUCUCUGAUUUGGUGGGCCUCUGCUGGAGAUAGACGCGGCGGGUUCGGCGACACGGAAGAAGCGGAGACGGAACAAGAUCGGGCUCUUUUGCACGAUGAGGAAGAGGUUGACAAAGAGCAGAGUCGUGAGGUCGCACUAGUCGCAUAUUUCCAUCGCAUGACAGAGACCAUAUUUCAAACCAUCGCCGAAGCUAUUGCACGCAAUGACGCUUCAGGUUCAGGAACAUCAUCGUAUCACGACGCAAGCAAUGCCGAGGAGAGUACGGAUGGGAUGGAGCGAGAUGAGGUAGGACAAGCCGGUAUCGUUGAUGAGGACGAAACACAGGCUCUUUUACCCGAAGAGCGGAAACAGAACGAAGUCGAAAUCACGCCAGAAGACAUGGCGGCGAUGGGAUUAGACAGUUGGAGUGCUUCUGACCGGGCCUUUGUCGAGGAGCUGGUGAAGCUGUGGUGGAGGCGCAAGGCUGUGGUGCGGCCAACCUCGAUUGAAUGCUGCGGACUCAAAAUCUACUGA